AUGUCAUUUUCUCCGUCCACCAUGCAACAGGAUGAGCUUGCUGCUCUCCUGGCCCGUAACCUCAGCUUCAACCCAAUUCCCGAGCCUGCCCCUGCACCACAACAAGAGCCCAUAGUCUAUACUUCAGUUCACUACACCCACUCUGCACACAUAGCUCAAGCAGCUCAACACCAAGACGUCCCUCGCCGUGCUUCAGAGCCACCCCAGACGCAAGGGCCCAGUGUUGAAGCUGUAUUGCAACACCACGGCGUUGAUCCAGCUACUCUGACACCUUCACAACUUCAGCUGUUCAAAGUUGCCGAGCCUUCUCAGCAAGAGAGGCUUAUUGAACUUUGGAACAUUUGCCCUCCCGGAAACGGUGGCGACAUCCCAGCUCUCGCCUGGAGCAGCACCACUGUGGAACAUGAGGAGCAACUUGCCCGCUUGCGUUACGAACGACUGAACCAGCAGCAACAAGUCAUGAGUCUGGAUGGUACCCAAGUUCAAGCAGUUGAUGGUAGGUGGGUUCGUAACUCAGAGCCUGAGGUAGAACCAUACAUGACUUCUGGCUACGAGGAGUUGAUGCGAAGAGAGCGUGAACGAGAGGCCCGCGACAGCCAGCCGAGGAGCACCUACGGUCUCUACUCACACGCCACAGACCCUGUCUACAUGGGCCCGGACUACGCUCGUGAACAGCAGUUGCUGGAGAUGGCAACUCAGUACGGUGCUUACCAAGGUUUCCGAGCACCGGAGGUGGACACUAUGGAUGUUAUGUAA